AUGGGGGAAGAUUGGUUGAUCGCUUUACAAGAAGAAUUCGUCAAGCCUUAUUUCCUAACUUUGAAACAAUUCAUCACCAAUGAGCAAAAGACCAAAAAGGUUUUUCCGCCACCGCAGGACAUUUAUAGCUGGUCUCGUCUUUGUCCGUUGAAAGAUGUGAGGGUUGUGAUCAUUGCAGGUCAGGAUCCGUACCACGAUGACAAUCAAGCUCAUGGUUUGGCAUUCUCAGUCCGAAAAGGUGUUCGAGUACCUCCAUCCUUGAGAAACAUAUAUAAAGAAAUGUCAGAAGACGUGGACGGUUUCAAGAUUCCUCCUCAUGGUGAUCUAUCCGAAUGGGCUAGACACGGUGUGUUAUUGCUCAACACUUCAUUGACUGUUCGAGCACAUGAGGCCGCUUCACAUUCCAAUCGCGGAUGGGAAACUUUCACCGCUGCCGUGUUGAAAGUGGUCACGUCAAGAUUGGUUCCUCGAGGGAACGGAGUUGUAUUUAUGGCUUGGGGUGCACAUGCUCAAAAGAUGUGUAGUGGGGUUGAUAAAAACAAACAUCUCAUUCUCAAAUCCGUCCAUCCCAGUCCGUUAUCAGCCAUGAGGGGAUUUUUCGGUAGUAAACAUUUCACCAAAGCCAACGCUUGGCUAGAAGAGAGAUAUGGAUCAGAAGGAGGGAUCGAUUGGAAAGCUUUUAGGCGCAUGAUUAUGUCAGUGUUCAUUCUAUUACUAUAUCUGUGUGUAUCUUUUUUAAACAUAUCUGCAUUGUGUAUAUUGCUACAGUCACAUAAAUCUUUCUCAUCUCCAUUAUGGUCAGAUUGUUGA